GCUGGGUAACAGGCAGAUCCAAAGGAUAUCAUGAAGUUUCCAGGGCCUUUGGAAAACCAGAGAUUGUCUUUCCUGUUGGAAAAGGCAAUCUCUAGGGAAGCACAGAUGUGGAAGGUGAAUGUGCAGAAAAUACCUUCAAAUCAGAAUGUUUCUCCAUCCCAGAGAGACGUAGUAAUUCAAUGGCUGGCCAAACUCAAAUACCAAUUCAACCUUUACCCAGAAACAUUUGCUCUGGCUAGCAGUCUUUUGGACAGGUUUUUAGCUACUGUAAAGGCUCAUCCAAAAUACUUGAGUUGUAUUGCCAUCAGCUGUUUUUUCCUAGCUGCCAAGACUGUUGAGGAAGAUGAGAGAAUUCUAGUACUGAAAGUAUUGGCAAGAGACAGUUUCUGUGGAUGUUCCUCAUCUGAAAUUUUGAGAAUGGAGAGAAUUAUUCUGGGUAAGUUGAAUUGGGAUCUUCACACAGCCACACCAUUGGAUUUUCUUCAUAUUUUCCAUGCCAUUGCAGUGUCAACUUUCAGUUUGCCUCAGUUACUUUUCAGUUUGCCCAAAUUGAGCCCAUCUCAACAUCUGGCAGUCCUUACCAAGCAACUACUUCACUGUAUGGCCUGCAACCAACUUCUGCAAUUCAGAGGAUCCAUGCUUGCUCUGGCCAUGGUUAGUCUGGAAAUGGAGAAACUCAUUCCUGAUUGGCUUUCUCUUACAACUGAACUACUUCAGAAAGCACAGAUGGAUAGCUCCCAGUUGAUCCAUUGUCGGGAGCUUGUGGCACAUCACCUUUCUACUCUGUAGUCUUCCCUGCCUCUAAAUUCCGUUUAUGUCUACCGUCCCCUCAAGCACACCCUGGUAACCUGUGUCAAAGAAGUGUUCAGAUUACAUCCCUCCUCUGUCUCAGGCCCAGACUUCUCCAAGGACAACAGCAAGCCAGAAGUGCCAGUCAGAGGUACAGCAGCCUUUUACCAUCAUCUCCCAGCUGCCAAUGGGUGCAAGCAGAUCUCUACUAAAUGCAAAGUAGAGGAAAUGGAAGUGGAUGGCUUUUACGAUGGAAUCAAACGGUUCUAUAAUGAAGAUAAUGUUUCAGAAAAUGUGGGUUCUGUGUGUGGCACUGAUAUAUCAAGACAGGAGGGACAUGCUUCUCCUUGUCCACCUUUGCAGCCUGUUUCUGUCAUGUGGUUUGAACAAGAGUUACCUUUGAGUGUAAACUAAGGUAGACUACUCUGGGAAUGAGAACACGGAAAAUGAGGAAAGGCUGUAGAAGGAAAUAUACCUUAACAGGCUGAUUUGGAGUAAGCCAGAAAAAAAAACUCAUUAUUUGUGUGGCUAAUUAUAAUUCAACAUUAUUUAAGCACAUAAAGACCAAAAAAAAAAAAAAAAAUUCCAAAAGAUCCAAACAUUUUUUUUAAACUUAAAGUCACUUUGUAGUAUGACAGUUGCACUUUUUUUUCUGCCAUAAUGUAACGUAGCUUGCCCCGUCAAAAAUUCAGUUAAAAUUCAUAGCCAGCAGACCUGUUCCCCUUCAGCAUCCUGAUUUAAUUUUCCCAUUGCUUUUACUUGCUUCUCCGUAAGUUAGUGAACUUUAUGCAUGCUGAUCUGUAUUCUGAUUUUCACUGAAUAGGAAACCCCAAAAUUAUUUUUUAGCAAUUGAAUGAACAAAUUAUUUUGGUGUGACAGCCAUGAUUCAAGUUCUAGUUAGUUUGAAAAGGGUACUUUGGAAUUGUCCCAUAUUAAUGAGAGAGCAACAGAAAAAGUUCCCAUACUACCUUUUGUGUCUCAUUUCAAAUUUUAAUUUAAAAUUAUGGUUUUCAUUUUUAUUUACCUUAAAGUGAUGCUUAAAAGUUGCAUGUAAUUAUGACACUUAGAUUUGUUGAAAGCAUUGUUGAUAUUUGUAUAAAAGAUUUGCGAUAAAGUUAAUAUAUCCUGGUGUUCACCAAAGAAACAUGUAUGUAACAACUGAAAUUAGAUUUUUGUAACUGAUUAGUUUUCACUCAUUUAUCAUCAGUAGGAGAGACUGUCUAGAUGUUGGGGCAGCUCUAUGAUUUGAGUCUGUAAUAUGUCAUAACUGAAUUAAGUACCCUAGUAUUAUGUUAAGCUGUUAGAACUUACUCCCCCUACCUCCCCAGCCUACCUAUAUCUCUUAAUGACUUCUGGAUCCUGAGCUCCCUUUGCAGUCUGAAAAAGGUAUUGCAGUCAGAAAUGUGUACUGAUGAUAAAAGCCUCUGGUAGCAAUAAAAAGUUGUCUUUAAAAAAAAAAAGAAAAA